AUGACUAGUUCCCAUUCUAUUGAAGUCUUGGAAACAGACCUAAAUAGUGGUCGGAUUCUGUUGCAAGAUAGUAAGGAAGACCCCAAGUCUACAGUGCAGGUGUCAAUUCUCUCUGACACCUCAGAGGAAACUGUAACCGAAACAAACCCGUUUGCUGAUCCUAAGGUGGCUGAACAUUACAGAGGUAUAUACGAAAAGUCAAACUAUGAGUGUAAAGAUGUGUUUGAUCCGGACUAUAAAUGGACUCCUGAAGAAGAGAAGAAGUUGGUCAGGAAGUUGGAUUAUAGAGUUGCGUUGACAUCUUGUAUAUUGUUUGUCGCUUUGCAAACAGACAGAGGUAACUUGGCCCAGGCCGUUGCCGAUAAUUUACUUGUUGAUUUGGGAUUGACCAGAUCUGACUAUAACUUGGGAAACACCUUGUUUUUGGUGUCUUUCUUAUUGGCCGAGAUCCCCAUGUCGUUGGCAUCCAAGAAGCUUGGGCCCGAUGUGUUCAUCCCAUGGCAAAUUAUUGGGUUCAGUGUAAUUGCGGCUUGUCAGUUCUGGAUGACAAACAAGGCUGGUUUCCUUGCUUGUAGAGUUCUUUUGGGAUGGAUUGAAGGUUCGUUGGUGGCAGAUUUGGUACUUUGGCUUUCCUAUUUCUACAAGUCGAAGGAGUUAACGAUUCGGUUAUCGUGGUUUUGGACUACCUUGUCGCUUGUGACUAUAUUCACCUCAUUAUUGGCCUUUGGUAUCUUGAGAAUGAGAGGUGUGCACGGUUAUGCGGGUUGGAGAUGGUUGUUUUUGAUUGAAGGAAUCUUCACGUUUCUUAUAGGUAUAGCCGGCUUUUACUUGAUGGUACCAUCUGCCGUAGAAACCAAGAACCGGUUUCACCCCAAGGGUUGGUUCACCGACCAUGAAAUCAAAAUUGUCGUGAAUAGAGUAUUGAGAGAUGAUCCUUCUAAAGGGGACAUGAACAACAGACAAGCUGUUGACUGGAAGGGCCUUUGGAUGUCGUUGACGGAUUAUGAUGUGUGGCCUAUCUAUCUCAUUGGACUCUUUGCUUAUGCCAGUUUAAACACAACCGGACCUUACUUGACGUUGACUCUCAAGCAGGUUGGAUUUUCUACCUUCAACGUCAACGUCUUGACGAUUCCUGCAAAUGUGAUUCACAUUAUUGUUUUGCUCAUUAUAACCUGGGCCAGUGAAAAGGUUAAUCUGAGAUCAUUAUUCGCAUUGAUCUUGCCGCUUUGGAACUUGCCUAUUUUGGCAGCUAUGACCUGGUGGAAAGGUACAAAUAUCAAUGUUUGGGGUACUUGGACGUUGUAUACCAUAUUGGCGGGUCAGCCGUAUAUCCAUGCCAUUUGUGUUUCAUGGGCCUCCAGAAACGCAAACAGUAUUCGGACCAGAUCAAUUGCCGCAGCCAUUUACAAUAUGUUUGUGCAAUUGGGAAGUAUCUACUCCAAUAAUAUCUACAAGGCUGACGAUUACCCCCUUUACAAGAAUGGUAACAGGACCUUAUUCAUCAUAACGCUUGUGUUGGUGCCCCUCUUUUUGCUUGUGAGACAAUACUACAUUGCGAGAAACAAUUACAAGUCAAAGAAAUGGAAUGCUAUGACGCCCGAUGAGCAGCAUGAAUACAUUCAGAAAAAUGCUCAUCUCGGUAAUAAAAGAUUGGACUUUCAAUUCGUUUACUGA